UAUGGGAGAGAAGUGGUGGAGAUAUAUUGGAAGAGAGAGAGAGAAAGAGAAUGAAACGUUCUAAACCGGUCGUUAUAGCCAACGCGACGGUCUGAUCAGUUAACCAUGAACUCGCUGCCGUCCGAACGUGUCAGCUGCUGCGAUGGGCAACCGCCGUUCUGGAGGCAACGCCGGAACCUGGUUGGUUUCUUGGCGUUCCUGGGAUUUUUUAACAUCUACACACUGCGGGUGAACCUAAGCGUGGCCAUCGUGGCCAUGACUUCGUCCACGGACAACCAAAAAAGCGAAUUCGACUGGGGACCUGAACUGCGGGGAGCUAUACUGAGUUCGUUUUUUUACGGAUACAUCACCACACAGCUGGCGGGUGGUCUCAUGGCUUCAAAGUUCGGAGGCGUGAGGAUGAUCGGAUACGGCGUUUUGAACACUGCUUUGCUGACGGUCAUCACACCCAUUGUGGCCAGGUAUUCGGUUUACGCGGUUCUCGUACUCAGGGUUGUGGAAGGCUUUUUCGAGGGAGUCACGUACCCGAGUAUACACGCCGUGUGGUCCAGGUGGGCUCCACCCGUGGAACGCACCCGGCUUGGAUCGUUUGCCUUCUCCGGCAGUUUCGUUGGCACCGUCGUCGGUUAUCCGGCUUGUGGUUGGCUAGCCGAACACUACGGUUGGCCCUCAACGUUCUAUGUGCCGGGUGUGGUGGCCAUUGUUUGGUGUGCCGUGUGGUUGACCUGCAUUUCCGAGAGCCCGGCACAAGAUAAAUACAUAAGCGCGCAAGAGCGUAUGUACAUCGAAGACGCCAUUGGACCGGUCGACAAAAGUCAAUCCGAUUUCAAAAACUACCCGUGGAAAAGCAUACUGACUUCGAUGCCGUUCUGGGCCAUAGUGUGCGCCCACUUCUGUGAAAAUUGGGGUUUCUAUACACUGCUCACGCAAUUGCCUAGUUUUAUGCACGACGUGCUGAAGUUCGAAUUGGGCAAAGGAAGCUUGCUCUCGGCCUUGCCAUACUUCGUUAUGGCCAUCACCCUUCAAGUAGCCGGAUUUUUCGUCGAUUGGCUGAGGAAAAAGAAAGUAUUCACCACCACGCAGGUGAGAAAAAUAUUCAACUGCGGCGCUUUUAUAAGUCAAACGUUGUUCAUGACUUUGGCGGCGAAAUCCACUUCGGCCGCCAUGUCGGUCACGUGCUUGACCCUGGCAGUGGGUCUUGGAGCUUUCGCAUGGACCGCAUUUAGUGUUAACCAUUUGGACGUGGCUCCACAGUAUGCCAGCGUUCUCAUGGGACUGUCCAACACGGUGGCCACCAUACCCGGUAUCGUCAGCCCUAUGCUGGCCGGACUAAUCGUUCAACACAAGAGUGCAGAAGAAUGGCAAUGGGUGUUUCUGAUAGCCAGCGGUAUGUACAUGUUCGGAGCAGUCUUUUACGGAUUGUUUGCGUCAGGGGAUCUACAGCCUUGGGCCCGUUCGAAAAUAGACAAAGACCAUGGCAGUGGCACAAAGGGUGAAGACAACAAAGCGUUCAAACUGUAAACUAUUUCUGGGACCGAGUUCAAUACGAUGCUGUUCAGGACCGUCGAUUUUGUUUUUAAGUAGUCGAGGAACUUUGUAUAUUGUACAUAUAAAUUGAUCCCCUAAAGGGUCAAUCCGAAUGCGAGUGCUACAUUUCAAUAUUGUUAACAUCAUAAAGUGUAACUUAUGUAUGAACGCGCAGCGGAUGUUGGUAUGUUACCUGUGAUAAUGCUCGUUAUGAUUUCGAUGCAUUUUAUAUAUUAUAAUAUGUAUUUUUCAAAGUGCGAGUAGGAUGGCUAUUAUUAUAUUGUUAAUAUGUUUGUAUUCAACUCGAUAGUAGACGAUUUAUUUAUUAUGUGCGAUUUGUAGUAAUACCAAUUUUUCAGCUGCAGCGCACAAUUAUUAAACUCUUUUCUUAAUGUCAUUACUACAAUAUCAAAAUGCAUACUGAUUUUCAAUAACAAAUAGUACAACCGAAUUAAGAUUUAUGAGUAUUA